UGGGACAAUAGAGUCAUAGCCUAGAUAUGCUUAAAUGUCAGUGUGAGUCAUAAUGUCAGCUUCUGAAAGCUUCACUGAGUAUUUUGUUAAUCAAAUUUGAAGGACAUUAAUAUCACAGUUUCACAACCGCAUUCAACUGCGCUGCGCAGGAGUAAACGCGAGAGUCGAGGCGGUGGGCAAGAUCAAAUAGGCAAACGUAUUUCCUGCACUGUACCUGAUUCUACAUCGUUGUCUUGCCUACUAAGUGUAAACUCACAAGUUGUUAAAUCAGCCCCUGGAAAAUGCAAGCCAUCAAGUGUGUGGUGGUUGGAGAUGGUGCUGUGGGAAAGACAUGCCUGCUCAUCAGCUACACAACCAACGCCUUCCCUGGAGAGUACAUCCCCACAGUGUUUGAUAACUACUCAGCCAAUGUGAUGGUGGACAGUAAGCCAGUGAACCUGGGACUGUGGGAUACAGCAGGACAGGAGGACUAUGACAGACUCAGACCUCUGUCCUAUCCUCAGACGGAUGUGUUCCUCAUCUGUUUCUCUCUGGUGAGCCCAGCAUCGUUUGAGAACGUCAGAGCCAAGUGGUACCCUGAGGUACGACACCACUGCCCCUCCACACCCAUCAUCCUCGUGGGCACCAAGCUGGAUCUGAGGGACGAGAAGGAAACCAUUGAGAAGCUGAAGGAGAAGAAGCUAGCGCCCAUCACCUACCCACAAGGCUUAGCACUAGCCAAAGAGAUAGACUCGGUGAAGUACCUGGAAUGCUCUGCCCUGACCCAGCGGGGGCUAAAGACGGUCUUUGACGAGGCCAUCCGAGCGGUGCUGUGCCCCCAGCCCACCAAGGUGAAGAAACGACCCUGUCUACUCAUCUGAUCUUAGACCUGUGGAUAGACCAAGAGAGAAGGGCUCAGGAAUCACACAACAGCAAAUGUUGAUUUUAGUUAAAUACAAAGUUUGGCAGUUUUACAAAGUGGUCUAAUGUUCAGAUGAGUCAACAUAUGUAGUGUUGAGUCUUGCCAUCUGUAGUGUAUAUCCAGCUAUAAUUAUAGUAUAUAGUGUAUGCCUCAAUCCCAAAUGAAUGGAAGAUAGUUAGACCGUUGGAUUGUAUCAUUACAGAUGGUGCCUACCUUUCCCACUGGUUGGGGAUUGAGGCAUAUAGCUGGAUCUACGAUUCUUCUCAAUGUUAGACCACUGUUCAGGUCUGAAAACAACCAUCAGACUUUCUGGAGCAUCAAUAUAAAUGUCCUUAAUAUUUUCAAGACAAAUCCUGGAUAUGUACACAUGGAUAAGUGUUUUAGAUUCAUAUAUUGGUAUUUGGUUUUGGUUUCUGACUCAUUUUCUUAUACACUUCUUCUAUAUGGUUUGUUAAUGCAGUGACUGGUCCUUACUGUACAAGAAAGACACUGAAAAAUACAUAGACCAAACAUUACAGUGUGUAUAGUGAUUACAUUAUAGUCAGAAAUGUAUUGCACCAUCCUAAUGUAAGAAACUUUCCAAAAUGAUCAUGUUGUUUACUCUAUGUCAUAUUUUGACAUGAUACAGCAUUCUACUAUAUUUCUAAGGUACCGUAUUACUUUUCUCUCUAUUACAAUUUAAUUUAACACAAAAUAAAACAUAUGGGUGUGUUUGUGUAUCCCCUUGCCCUUAGAACAGCCUCAAUUUGUCGGAAGCAUUCCACAGGGAUGCUGGCCCAUGUUGACUCCAAUGCUUCCCACAGUUUUGUCAAGUUGGCUGGACAUCCUUUGGGUGGUGGACCAUUCUUGAUACAAACGAAAAACCCAGAAGCGUUGCAGUUCUUGACACAAACCGGUGUACCUGGCACCUGCUACCAUACCCCUUUCAAAGGCGCUAACAUUUUUGUCUUGCCCAUUCACCCUCUGAAUGGCACACAUACACAAUCCAUGUCUCAAUUAUCUCAAGACUUAAAAAUCCUUCUUUAACCUGUCUCCUACCCUUCAUCUACACUGAUUGAAGUGGAUUUAACUAGUGAUAAUAAUAAGGGAUCAUAGCUUUCACCUGGAUUCACCUGGUCAGUUUAUGUCAAAAAUGUUUUGUAUACUCAGUGAUAAGUACAGCAUGCAAGCUUUUAUUUGAGGGUAUUUUCAUACAUACAUGACCUGUUUUGCCAUUUGGAAAUGAAAGCACUUUAUGUUUCUCGUCCCUCCAUUUGAAGAAAUCAUAAGUGUUUGGAUUUAAGUCAAAUGUUUAGCAUUUGGUACCAUUUUCCUUGCACACAAUGACUACAUCAAGCUUGUGACUUUUCAAAUGUGUUGGGUGCUGGCCUCCCGAAAGGCAUUGCAUCACAGUGCUUGAGGUGUCACUACAGACCCGGGUUUGAUCCCGGGCUGUGUGGCAGCCGGCUGCGACCGGGUUUGGCCGGCCGGGAUGUCCUUGUCCCAUUGUGCUCUAGCGACUUCUGUGGUGGGCCGGGCAUAUGCAUGCUGACAUGGUCGCCAGUUGUAUGGUAUUUCCUCCGAUACAUUGUUACGGCUGGCUUCCAGGUUAAGCGAGCAGUGUGUCAAGAAGCAGUGCAGCUUGGCAGGGUUGUGUUUCGGAGGAUGCAUGACUCCGUACAUGAGUUGCGGUGAUGGGACAAGACUGUAACUAACAAUUGGAUAUCAUGAAAUUGGUGAGAAAAAGGGGUAAAAAGUUUUUAAAAUGUAAUAAAUUGUUGGGUGCUUUUGUGGUUUAGUUUUGGUUGUGUUUCUGAUUAUGUUUUGGAACUGAAUGGUGAAUAAUGUCUUGUGCCAAUAUGUUUCAUGUUGAUGCUACCAUGAUUAUUGCUAAUUAUGAAUUAAUCGUGAAUAAUGAUAUGAUUAUUUAGUUGAAUGCCGUUAUUUAUGAUUCAUUCAUGAUUUGUCUUAAUCAUGGCAUUAUCAGGAUUCAUUUAAAAGUGUUCAGAAACAUCUAAUCAUGGAAUCCUAGUAGACUGGCGACGCCGACUGCCGAGCGUCGCCCGAACAGGGAGAGGAGCCGCCUUCGGUAGAAGUCGUGACAAUACUGUAUGGGACCAAAUACUAAACUUUUGACUAUUUGAAUACACUAUAAGUGAAUUUGUCCAAAUACUACUGACUUAUUCUCAUGGGGGGGACUAGAUACAUAUAGUGUUUUUAAUUCUAAACGGUAGAACAGAUAGUAAUAUAUAUGAGAAUACCCUCAAAUAAAAGGGUAUUUGAAACAUUUAAUCUCAAAUGUAAAAUUCUGGAGUAUAGAGCCAAAUACAAAUGUUUAACUGUCCAAAUACAAAUGGAGGGGAGUGUGUAUACCAGUAUCCAAGUUCUACUGGGGCCUACUUUUACAACAGCUACCUACCUCCCCUCGAGGGCUACAGCAUAGUACUGUGAUGUGUCAGAAACUGUACUACCACUGAAAUCCACUCUGUCUUAAAAUAAACUCGUAUUUUCUCUAGUA